UGCCGGCGUUCAAAUCCUCCGCCUCCCCCGCCCGCCCCUCACCCAGCGGCCCCGGCGCGGCGGCGGCGUGAGCCUCCCGCGCCUUCCCCGGCAGCCACCUGCGGCGGAAUCCCCGAGGAGCUUUCUCUGUGGAAGAGUUAACAGUGAAGAGACCUCGGUGUUGGAUUGGCAGAGGCUGGGAGUGUCUGUGAGUUUGGCAUCUGUAUGGUCUGGUAGGAGUGGACUCUUAACCUUUGGAAAAAGCAGGAAAAUGGCAUCAGAAGAUAUCACUAAGCUUGCAGAGUCACUUGCCAAAACCAAAGUGGGUGGUGGACAAUUGAGCUUCAAAGGGCAGAGCCUUAAACUCAACACAGCUGAAGAUGCUGAAAAAGUCAUCAAGCAAAUUGAGGAAUUUGAUGGCCUGGAAGCCUUGCGCCUGGAAGGCAACACAGUGGGUGUGGAGGCAGCAAAGGUUAUUGCCAAAGCCUUGGAGAAGAAAAGUGAGCUCAAGAGGUGUCAUUGGAGUGACAUGUUCACAGGCAGGCUAAGGUCUGAGAUCCCUCCUGCUUUGAUCUCUUUAGGGGAUGCACUCAUAGCUGCUGGAGCCCAGCUGGUGGAGUUGGACCUGAGUGACAAUGCCUUUGGGCCAGACGGUGUGCGUGGCUUUGAGGCUCUGCUGAAGAGCCCUGCAUGCUACACUCUGCAGGAACUCAAGCUCAAUAACUGUGGCAUGGGCAUUGGUGGUGGCAAGAUAUUGGCAGCUGCUCUGAAAGAGUGUCACAGGAAGUCAAGUGCCCAGGGCAAACCUCUUGCUUUAAAAAUAUUUGUGGCUGGCAGAAAUCGUCUGGAGAAUGAUGGUGCCACUGCUCUGGCUGAAGCCUUUGGGAUCAUUGGAACUUUAGAAGAGGUCCAUAUGCCACAGAAUGGAAUUAACCAUCCUGGCAUAACAGCACUGGCACAGGCCUUUGCUAUCAAUCCACUGCUUAAGGUUAUAAACUUGAAUGACAACACCUUCACAGAGAAAGGAGCUGUGGCCAUGGCAGAGACUCUGAAGGCACUUCGGCAGAUUGAAGUAAUCAACUUUGGGGACUGCCUGGUGCGUUCCAAGGGUGCUGUUGCUAUUGCUGAUGCUGUUAAAGAAGGGCUUCACAAAUUAAAGGAACUGAAUUUGUCUUUCUGUGAGAUCAAACGAGAUGCUGCUCUGACUGUUGCUGAAGCUAUUGAAGAUAAGACAGAGUUGGAGAAGUUGGAUCUCAAUGGUAACUGUCUGGGAGAGGAGGUGUGUGAGCAACUCCAUGAGAUCCUUGAAGGCUUCAAUAUGGCAUCAGUGCUGGGAUCUUUGAGUGAUGAUGAAGGGGAGGAGGAUGAGGAGGAGGAAGAGGAAGAUGAGGAGGAGGAGGAGGAAGAGGAGGAGGAACAACAACAGCUGAAGGAGAGAGAGGAAGAACAGGAGUCACUGACUCCUAAGAAGAUAAUUGAUUCACAGGCUUCAACUCCAGUGCUCUCUCCUCCUGUGGAUGUUGCCACAUUCCUUGCUUUCCCAUCACCAGAGAAGCUGCUGCGACUAGGACCAAAGUGCUCUGUGCUGAUAGCUCAGCAGACAGAUACAUCUGAUGUAGAGAAAGUAGUUGCAACCCUCCUAAGGAUAUCCUCAGUCUUCAAAGAUGAAGCCCCUGUGAAAACAGCAGUGCAUGAGACAACAGAUGCCUUGAUGAGGAAAGCCUUCAGUUCUGCCACAUUUAAUUCAGAUGCAUUCGUCACAAACCUUUUGGUCCACAUGGGACUACUUAAGAGUGAAGAGAAGAUCAAAACUGUUCCAAGCCUCUAUGGUAUUCUUAUGACCUUGAACCAUAUGGUCCAGCAGGAUUAUUUCCCUAAAUCCCUGGUCCCAGUUCUCUCAGCUUUUGUUACAAAACCCAACCGUGCUCUUGACUCCUGUUCAUUUGCUCGCCACAUGCUCUUACAGACCCUCCACCAGCUGUAAGAGACAAGAGAUGUGCCCUUCCUUCCUCAUAGGACUCAUCAGCAGAGAACUUGGAGCCACAAAGUGGGAAAGGAUCCCACAGCCCAUACAGACAUGUUGGCUUUUUUUUUUUUUUUUUUCUCCCUGUAGGAAGUCUGUCCUUCCUUCUGCUUUCAUAAACUUGAACAAAUCCUGCUGAAUUGUCUUCCUAAUCCUCUUGAAGUGAUUCCCUGGCCUGUAGGGCAGGUGCUUACGCUACAAUAAGUCUGUACUGCUGUGAGCUCGGCAUGAAUUGAAGAGUUCUCCAUUUUGGUUGCAUUGGCAAGGGUGCCAAGACUAACGUGGGGCCCAGAAGGGUUCU